AUGGAUCGCAUUUCGGCUCCAUCGUAUCCUACCCCGGGCUCCGGCUCAAUACGCUCGGGAGAUCACCUCUCCUCCGUUACCACCGAACAUGAAGGGCGGCUCUGGAGCUUAGAGGUUGUCCAGCAGCCUGUCCGAGCCCGAAUGUGCGGGUUCGGAGACAAGGAUCGACGACCAAUUACUCCACCCCCAUGCAUCCGCCUGAUCGUCCAAGAUGCCGCGACCAAGAAAGAAAUUGACAUCAACCACAUCGACACUUCAUUCUAUGUCCUGAUAGUAGAUUUGUGGAAUGCCGAUGGAACGAGUGAAGUGAACCUCGUCAAGCAUUCCGCCACUUCGCCAUCCAUCUCGACCGCCAUGUCCUCUUCAUAUCCUCCGCCAGCAAACCAGACGCAAACCCCGGCUCCAUCUUACCCGGCCUAUGGCCAACCUCAAUACCCCGGCAACGUCGGAUAUCCCAUGAACAACUACUAUAAUCAGCAGAUGUCCUAUCCAAGCACCUAUUCAGCUCCCGGAUAUCCCCCGUACGGCGGUUUCCCAGCGGGUGCCCCAAUGGCCCCGGCCAUGGCGACUUCGCCCCAAGGUUCGGGCGGCCCGGGGGGCAUGUUCACGCGCAAUUUGAUCGGAAGCUUGAGUGCGAGCGCUUUCCGAUUAACGGACCCAGCCAACAAGAUCGGGGUAUGGUUUAUCUUGCAAGACCUGAGCGUGCGGACAGAAGGGCAUUUCCGGCUUAAAAUGAGCUUUGUUAAUGUGGGGACUCAAUCCACGGACCCUAGCGGGACCCCCGUAAUCAAUCAUGGCUCCGCCCCCGUCCUGGCUUCGGUCUUCAGCGAGCCAUUCCAGGUGUAUUCUGCCAAAAAAUUCCCGGGAGUGAUCGAGAGCACGGCACUGAGCAAAUGCUUCGCGAUGCAGGGUAUCAAGAUCCCCAUUCGCAAGGACGGGGUGAAGGGUACCCGCGGCCGAGGUGGCGACGGGGAUGAUGAGGAUGACUACGAGUAA